GACAGUGGCUGAUAAUAAUGGCUAAGAGAGAUCACCUGGUCUAAAGUAAAGUAUAUCUCCGGUGGAAAUUUACUCAUCAUCAUAGCGCAGCCAUCGUUAGUUGUAUGAUCUCAAUAUGUAUGUUCGCUUUAAUCAAUCAUUACAGCAAUCGAUAGUGACCAGCUAUUCGCACCCGAUGGCCAAAUCAAUCUCGAUCACAAUCUCAAUCCUUAUCUUAGCCUUAUUCAUUGCUCAAUCAAUGGCUAUGGUUACGAACUCAAGAAUUGAGAAAUCAUCUUCAUUGGCCCAACUAAAACAGAAUCCAACAUCAGGUUUAUCAUCAUCAACUAAUAGUCAAAGUCUAAGUGGUAAACCUAGUGGCAGCAGCACAAAUUCGGCAAAUAUAAUAAACAACAGUCCGUCGCAGAGCUCUGGAGCUUUAUUAAAGCCAUUAAUGUCAACAUUCCUGUCAACGACAUCGGCGGGUGGAGUACCAAAUCCAUAUCCGUUCCGAACAAUGAUCGGCAACCUCAUGUUUCGAUUACGACAGCAUAAAACCCAAAUGUUGCUUAUACCAUCAGUCAUACGGAUAGUAUACCAAUACCGUCGACCUAUUGUUGAUGGUCUUUCAUCUGCAUAUCAAUCAUUGGUUGCCGAAAGUCCUGCAUUAGCUUCAUCAGCUUCCGCAGCUGGUUCAAGUGGAGCUCGUAUCUCUGGAUCAUCCGAUACGGACGAUUCAGAACCAAACAAUAACAACGGUGGUCAAGAGUCUGAUCCAAUGAUGACUUCAUCAUCAAAUCCAUAUCUUCAAAUGUUAUUAGCGAGUUCAUCAGGACAUCCGGCCCAUCAGCACCAAGUGCCAAUAUACAAUCUAAUGGCAGCAGCAGCCUACCAGGAAGCUUUACAACAAGCAGCAGCAUAUACAGCAGCUGCAGCAGCGGUACAUCCGCAACCAGUAUCACCUUUGGCUGCCUUAUAUCAUCCAUCUUCCUAUGCACCAUUUGCAUUUGUCUAAUUGAUAUUUUCUCACUUAUUUUCUUUAUUGUUUGGCUAUUAUCUUCCAAUUUCAACAGUGUA